AUGCGUCGAUUGUUGUCUUUGUUAUUUGCCGUGGCUGCAAACUGUGCCUCACAUUGCGACACAGAGCCUUUGUCCCUUCCUUUCCGCGACGUACAAGUUCUUCCCAAUGUCAAAAACUCUCUGAUGAAAGGAAUCCCAGCAACUAUUGGCUCACCGAGUCAAAACAUUGUGCUCUUACCAUGGGCAAGAGGUGGACUUUACGACGAGGCCAAAUCGAAUUCCUUUACAAAGGCUAGCGAUAUUGGAGAUGCAGGAGGUUCGACAAGCGAGAUAGCAUUCCAAGGUGCGGAAUCAGGAAUCAAGAGGCUUGUCUCAACUAGCCUUGCCGGGACCGAUAACAUCACACUUGGGGGAGCACCACCAGUCGAGGAUCUUCCAAUUGGCAUACCACGCCUUAAGUGGGAUGCGGGCUAUACAAUGCUCCAUCCCCUCGGUCUGGGUUCCAACUCAACAUAUCUCAAUGCCCUCAAAGAGGCAGGCAAAAUCAGUUCAAGAGUAUGGUCUAUCUUCUGGGGAAGAAUGUGGGUGAAAACCCCCAUUGAUGGUUCACUGGUGCUGGGAGGAUAUGACGAGGAAAAGGUGAUUGGGAAGAAUUAUACGGCGCCGCUUGUCUAUGACGAUUAUACAGGCACUGCAGGCUGUUGGACCGGGAUGGAGAUUACUGUAUCUGACAUCAGAGUCAACUUCCGCGAUGGAUCUGAUGAGAGUAUCUUCCCGUCCAACACAGCUCUGCCAUGUUGCAUAGUCCCUCACAGACAGCUUCUGCUCGAGGCACCAGGUGCAUACGUCUCUAGAUUUGAAGAGGUGACUGGAAUCAACCAUACCGGAACCUCAUAUGGACUCCACUGGUCAGCUCGUCUAUUUGAUGCCGAUGACGCAUUUGAUGGCGACAUCACAUUUCAUCUCGACUCGGGUCUGCAAGUCAGGGUACCGAAUGACCAGUAUAUAGUUCCAUUCGUCGACAUUGAUAGAAGUGGCGCUAGAGUCACCAAGUCAAAGACAAAGGAGCUUCUCAUGAAUGGCGUUGCACAUCAACCUGCUACUCUGGGUCGAUAUUUUCUUACCGCGGCAUACCUUAUGGUAAACCACGAUGCAGGAACAUUCACUCUCUGGCAGGGCAACCCUACUCAAAGAAGCAAGUUGGUAAAAGUCUUUGAUCAAGACACUGCAGAUAAAUGUGGUAAAGAUGCCGCUGGUAUAGUACAGCCGACGGCCAGCGCAAGCCCAAAGGAGGAAGAGGAGGACCCAACAGAUGAGUCGGAAUCAUCGUCAGCCCCCUCGGCAGCUAUCAUUGGUGGAGCAGUAGCUGGCGGUGUAGUUGGAGUGGCAGUGAUCUGUCUUGGAGUAUUCUUCGUCUUGAGACAAAGGAGGAAAGGCAGGGCAGAGGAGAAAUCACCUCCGUCUGUCGUCCAUGUACGGGAUGACAAGAGAGAGUUCCCAACAUGGUGUCCUCCUCAAGAGAUGGCAGGAUCAAAACCAAUGCCCGCAGAGAUACAAGGGCAGUCUCAUUUUUUAUAUGAAUUGGAUGGAGGAGCACACAAAUUCCGAACAUGA